AUCGAAUUUUACAAGUGCGGACAAAGUAUACGUAUGAAACGAAUUUAAAUUACUUAAUCCAGUGUUAAUAAUAUGUGAAAAUCAUCAUCCAUGUAAGGAUCAGACUUCCACGCGUUUCGUACCUAUACGUGCAGUGAAAUUGGAAUUAAGUGAUUAUAUUAGCGAACCGAGCAACAAGUAUACAAGGCUCGGCCUGCCGCCUCAGCGGGGCAUCUGCUCUAUCUCCACUUCGUGUUGUUACCCGCGAGAGGGGAGAAAGUCGGCGAAGGGUUGCAGACGGCUGCGGCUGCCGAUCGAUCUGCGGAUUUUGUUCUCUCGAUUUCGUGGAUUCGUUAAUUCGUCGGGAAAAAACGUGCGCGUCGUCAAGAAAGAGUCGGAAAAUUUCGGAAAAUGCAACCUUGCUACAACCCUCGAAAAAGGACCUGAGGACGACCACGCUGCCCAGUCUGACGAAUUUAAGGGGCGAUGGCGUGAUCGGCCGCGUUCAUCGCGAAUUGGAGUGUUUGUUCAGACGAUGAUCAUCAGCGUGGCGGUGCUGAGAUGACCGCGGGGCGACCGGUUCGGCUGCUGCUGCUCGACGCAAUCUCAACGAUUCUAACAGUGAUCGAAAACUCCACUGCCAACUCCAUCCCGCUAAGAUUACGACAAUGCCGAGCGCCACACACACGCCCUUUCCACAAGGGAUGGGGAGCGUGGGUAGCAACGCCACGGGGACGACGGGGUCGUCGGCGACGACGAUGGGAUCACCGAAGGUGGCGUCUGUCCCAGAGCCGCCGCCGACCCUCAGCGAAAGAGAACAGCUCAAGAUCGAGUUCUACAAGACUUACGACGUGAUGACCGGCGUUCGCAUCGCCGCUACCCUCGGCGGCUUCUUUGGUCUGAUGGUCAUACUCGUUGUGUAUAAAAGCAGAUGUAAGUCCAGCAAGCAGCUCGAGGACCCUCAACUCACGGCGGCUGCGGCGGCUGCCGUGGCGGAAGCUGAGGCCGAGGAAAGGGCGCUUGCAGCAGCCCUGGAGGCGAUCGCCAGGUUACCGCCAAGGCCAGACCGCGGGCCGAGGCGCUCCUUGUGCGUCGAGGCGAGCUCGUCGCGCGCUACCGCGGUUCCGAGGUUUGCAUCGGUGGGCGGAGGCGGCGGAUACGACGCCCUUCUUGCGCCUCCGAUGCGACAUCCGCGGCUAGCACUUCCGGGCGAUCAUCGUCGCUGCAGUUCCGUCACCUGCAGCAGCACAGCCAGUAGCUACCUUGAGCGAAGAGGAUCCGCUAUGACGAUGCCCUGCCUUCCACCACCUUCCAGGUUCCCCAGGCACGCCGCUUACGACGAACCCUGGGAUCUCUACUACCCGAUCGAUAUCCAGGUGAUCCAGCCGACCCCUGACAUGUCCCCGUGCGGAAGUGAGGCUGGCCUCUACGCCGGGGCGAUGGGAAUGGGUCCUCCGGGUCGACGGGCGCCCCUGGCUUCCAUGGGUAGCGUCGACCCUCCCGACCCGGACUCCAGGUCACUGGGUUCGGAUUCAGUCUUUCUCGACGAGGAGGAGCUCGACGUUAUGCGGGAGGACUGCGAGUGCCUCGACACCGAGGACGAGGUCUCGGGCUUUUCGACGGACUCCGACACUCCGGGGCCGAGCUGUCGGCGAUUCCUGAGGGUUCCACCCAGGCGAAGACAGCUACCGGAAAGAUGGGACGGCGCCGCUGGUUGCGUGCCCAGGCGACGAGCCAGUGCGCCUCCAAAACCCUGUAGAACCUGCCUUACGAUCAGCGCUUCCGUCGAGACGCCGAGAUCGCCGCCUACGGCGUCGACGACGAGCAGCAGCAACAGCAUCGAGUCACCGCCUCACACACCUCCAAUCGAGCUGAGGCAUCGGCCCCCGGUAACUCUGCCAUCCGCGCCGCCCGCCUGGUCCCAGGAGACGCUUUUUUAAUUACAUUUAUUCGUGCACAGGCAUUUCGCAGGGUUGAAUUUAGGGUACGUAUAAUAUCUCUCGCAGUCGAUACGACGUACGCGCCGUACCUCUCUUUUAUAUCAUGUACGUAUAUAUAUGUAUAUAUAUACACAGGUAUAUGGCACGUACGAUACAUCGGUGUGAUGAUCAUGUUUUU